AUGUAUGAAUAUAAAAUCGUCGUACUUGGUAGUGGUGGUGUCGGUAAAACAUCGUUGAUUACACAAUUUAUUCAAGGAAUAUUUGUUGAAAAAUAUGAUCCAACAAUUGAAGAUAAUUAUCUAAAACACAUUGAAAUCGAUGGACAACAAUAUGAACAAUUUACUGCUAUGCGAGAUUUAUAUAUGAAAACUGGUCAAGCAUUUGUACUUGUAUAUUCAAUAACUUCUCAAUCAACAUAUAAUGAACUGAUUAAUAUACGUGAUACGAUUCUUAGAGUUAAAGACACUUCUGAUGUACCAAUGGUAUUAGUAGGAAAUAAAUGUGAUCUUGAAGAUGAACGUGUAGUUGGAAAAGAAAUCGGUCAAGGAUUAGCAAACAAUUGGAAUUCAAUAUUUCUAGAAACAUCUGCAAAACUAGCCAUAAAUGUUAAUGAGGUAUUUGUUGAACUUAUUCAUCAAAUAAAUAAAUUAGCAGAUGUCAAUAGAGAUAAUAAAACGAAAAAUCAAAAUUCUAAUCAGACUAGUAACUCAAAUCCAUCAGUUUCAGAUAGAACAAAGGAUGUUAAUAUCUCACAAACAAAUGAACCAAAGAAAACAACUGUUUCAAAUAAUUCAAACUUUUGUAUACUUUUAUAA